UCCGGGGUGAACAUGUCCACAGCUCAGGCUCUGAGGGCGCUGGUGCAGCAGCGGCUGACCGCAGCUGCGGAGGAGAUCUGCGGCCUGUUCGAAGGCGCCAUGGCGGAGCUCCGGGAGGAGAUAGAGCGGCAGCGAACCCUGCUGGAGGCUCGUGCGGGGCCCCAAAGAACCGGAGCAGACGUCUACAAACUAGAUGUAAAGAAAGAGGAGUUUCUGGCUGAGCAGCAGAACGGGACCUUCAGGUUGGACCAGGAGGACCCUGAGUCUUCACUCGUCAAAGAGGGACAUGAGCAGCUUAAAGCCCCAUCUUUAAAGCAGGAAGCUGCAGUCACAGAGUUUCAUCUCAUUCCUGUAAAGAAAGAAGAGGAUCAACACUUUCAUUGCAGCCAAACCGAGAAAAUUAAAGACCAUGGACAAGAAUCCCUGCCAGACAAUGAAAUUAAAUCAGAACCUGAGCCCAAACUCAGACGGGCCAAUAAGUCGUCCAACGCUACUCAGUCUCAUUCAGACUUUCCUAGAACUAAAGACCGUAAUUGGAGCGGGAGACCGUUCUGCUGCUCUUCGUGUGGGAAAAGAUUCAGUAGGCGCUCGAACCUGAAGAGGCACAUGCGGAUCCACACAGGAGAGAAGCCCUUCAGCUGCAUGCUUUGCAGUAAAAGGUUUGUGCAGAAGAUGUGGAAGCUGGCAGCUAAAAUCAAAUGA